AAUGUCGAUAAUAUAAUUAUACAGAAUUCAAUAUGGCUCCCAACGUGAGUCCUUCGAGGAUACGCGUCGCCAUCCGAGACUUUACGACACAAUGGUUCCUGAUCGCACAAGGCACGGGAAUUCUAGCCAUUAUCCUCCACAACCUAGCCUACCAGUUCCGUGGCCUGGGGAUCAUUUCGACCAUUCUUUGGGUUCUGACAAUUGUCGAGCUAUGUGUUAUGGUGCUCAUCUAUGGUAUCCGUUGGUUUCUCUAUCCCACCGAAGCUGCACAAGCUCUAAAGACCCAGACUGCGGAACUCUCCUGUCUGGCCAGCCCCGUCAUUACAUUUACGACUAUUCUCAUCAUGAUCGUUCUUACUCUACCUGAUACUUGGGGUAAAGAAUGGGGCAUGGUCGCGUACGUUAUGUGGUGGAUCAACGCCCUGUUCGCGCUCAUAGUCGUUACCGCCAUUCCAUACUGUUAUGCGGCAUUGGAACUCCAGGACAUAUCGACCUUCCCUCCGUCGACGCAACUCCCCAUCAUUUCGACCUUGACAUGUGCAGCGGGAGGAGGUGCAAUCUGCAAUUUUGGGGAACUCAGUCCGGACCUUCAAGUGCCUGUCAUCAUCGUCUCGUACCUCUUCGUUGGCUGUGGGCUUCCGCUGGCAUUGACCAUGGACGCGUUGUCAUUAUCCCGCAUUCUAACUGGAUCAGCGCCGACAACUAUAAAAAUCAACCAACACAUGAUCCUCUGCGGGCCAUGGGGACAAGGUAGCUUUGCAUUACAAAUCCUUGGUUCGGUCGUCAUGAAGGGCUCAUUUGCGGCGUAUGACCAAGGUACAUGGAUUACAGAGGCUGCAGCUGGCCCCAUAGGCUAUGCCAGUAUCUUCGCAGGCUUACUUUUCUGGGGCCAAGGCACCUUUUGGUUCGUCUUCGCCAUGGGACAGAUCACCCAUGUUCUGGUGGCAAAUCGCAAAGAGAUAUCGGGUUGGGGAUUGCCCGUUUGGUCAUUGGUAUUCCCGAUGGGAGUUUACACGAACGCUUGUAUCCAGCUAGGUAAAUUAUUGGGGUCAAGAGCAUUCAAUGUAAUAUCCACCAUUUUGGCUGUUGUUUUGGUCAUCAUAUGGCUUGUCAAUAUGGGUUUCACAAUCCAAGGCAUAUUGAGAGGGACACUAUUCGGGCUUGAGAGUGGGUGGAAGGUCCCACAGGUUGGAAUACAUGAUGCCCAAGAGAAGGAUGCCGGCAGUGUCCAAUCAACUGGUCGUCUUUCCCAGCAUGCUGGAGGCCCGGACAACGGUCACACAAACGACCGUACCAAUGGGUCUGCAGAUAAGCAGACCAAUGGCCUCACGAAUUCCCACUAAGAAGGUUACUCAAUUGAAUGCAUCAAUCAAUUUUCAUACUACCUUACUCGUACCAUGAGCAGACAUCGAUAGGGAAGUCUUACAUUUACAGACGUCGUGUGACGAUCGGGUUAACACCUG